ACUCAGUGUAAGAGCCUUUUAAGGACGUGCCAGGGGAGUGUGCUUUGGCGUGUUCCCUACAAGCAAAUCAGCGUGCUCAGGAGGUGUAACCGAAACGCAACCCAUUCGCCUGCUGCCUUCUAUAAAGAGAGGCUGUCUUUCUGGCUCUUCAAGUUCAACUUCUGAGUGAAGAAAAGGCUACUGCAGUGGCUGGCAAAUCAGCCCUGGGAUAAAACAAAAGAAGUAUGCAAAGUGCAAUCUUCUUUGCUCUUCAGCACGACUGUGGACAAAUGGAGAGAACUCCCAGCAGCUGCCAAAACGAGGAGAAGAAAGGAAAGAUGAAGAGAACUAUCGUUAAGGAUUGGAAAACAAGAUUGAGCUACUUCCUGCAAAACUCUUCCACUUUUACAAAAACAAAGUCCAACAAAAAAGGAAAGCAACACACUUACUUCAGACCUUCUCCUGAAGAAGCCCAGCUGUGGUCAGAAGCUUUUGAUGAACUUCUAGCUAAUAAAUAUGGUCUUGCAGCUUUUCGAACUUUUUUGAAAUCAGAGUUCUGCGAGGAGAACAUCGAUUUCUGGCUGGCCUGUGAAGACUUCAAGAAAAUCAAGUCACCACAGAAGCGGAGAUCCAAGGCUAAAAAGAUCUACAAUGACUUCAUUGAAAAAGAAGCUCCCAAAGAGAUAAACAUAGACUUUCAAACCAAGAACAUGAUUGCCCAGAAUAUCCAAGAAGCUACACAGACUUGCUUCAGUGCUGCACAGAAGAGAGUCUACAGCUUAAUGGAGAAUAACGCGUACCCACGAUUUUUGGAGUCCGAAUUCUAUCAGGAACUGUGUAAACAGUCACAGAUUUCCAGGGAGCCUCAAGAGACAUGAACUCGGAAGGGAAGUGGAGAAUUCUGUUUCACCUGCUAAGGAAGAAGGCCAUGUGUCCUAGCAGCUCCAUAACCUGAAAGACUGAAAUCCUGAAUGUACAGAAGGUUUGCCCAGAUGUAGUGGGGAAAAAAUGGACAGAAAUAUAGCCUAAGGUGGUUUAGAGUUGAGUGGUAAAUAGUGACGUUAGAAGCCUAGAAGAUGGAGCCAGGAAAGCUGCUGGCCAGUGUCCAGGGAUGAUACAUUUUCCAUCAGUGAACAGUGCAGAGAGAAGGUAUUGCCAUGCAUUAUCAUAGCAUGGUGUAUUGUCAGACUCCUUAUGUCACACUGAAAGCGUUGAUACUGUAGGUCAGAUCAGAUCUGACUCUUUUAAAAGUAAACAAGCUGUGAGGCAACACGGUGUAAUCAAACAUUUCUGGGAAUUUGGACAGCUUUGAAUAAUUGAUUGCUUAUUUUUUUCCUAAACAACUGGCUGUGUGUUAUCACUCACUCACUUCUUAAUACUGGUUCCUUCACAGCCGCAAAUAGAUGCAUCAGUCUUCCAUGUGACACCAAACACUGUCACUGUAUAGUGCAAAGAGAUAAAGAGGGAUACAUAGCAUCUUCUGCUUCAAAGAGGUGUAGAGUAGCUAACUACGCUAUACAGGGCCAAAUUCUGUCAGUGGGGUUUCAUGCAGUGAAAGGAAGGGCAGAAUCUGGCCCAUAGCAAACAGGAGCUGUAUAAUACUAUGUUAUGUAGACUAAGGCAGUGUUGAACACUCCCAUUUAUGCCAGGAAUGCCACAAAUCCUGUCUUGAGGACAGCAAAACUUCAGGGAAGUUGUCUUUGAAUUUUUUUUUUUAAAUAAAUUAUUUUGAUACCAGA